AUUGGUGAAACUUAUGAAGGUACAUUGAUGCUGUAUUAGCUGCAAAAAAAGCAAUUGUGGAUGUGUUUGUCGGAUAGCAUAUUUUCUGGCUGGUACCACAAGUUUUAGGAAAAGGGAGUAAUAAAGCAUUUGGAAUGAUUUGUUAUGGCCCAGCAGUCAUCUAGGCUUCAGCGCUUGCUUACUCUCUUGGACACUGGGUCAACCCAAGCAACAAGGUUGACUGCUGCUCGUCAGAUAGGGGAUAUUGCAAAAUCACACCCUCAAGACUUAUCCAGUCUUCUUAAGAAGGUUUCUCAAUAUUUGCGGAGUAAAAAUUGGGAUACAAGAGUUGCAGCUGCCCAUGCAAUUGGGUCUAUUGCUGAGAAUGUUAAACACAUAAGCCUGAAUGAACUUAUUACUUCUGUCGUGUCAAAAAUAUCGGAGUAUGGGAAAUCUUGUAGCGUCGAGGAUCUGUGCGCAUGGCCGUAUUUACAAUCAAAAAUUUCAGGAAGCUCAUUUAGAAGCUUUGAUAUGAACAAGGUGCUUGAAUUUGGAGCUUUAUUAGCAUCUGGUGGACAGGAAUAUGAUAUUGGAAAUGAUAAUUCAAAGAACCCGAAGGAGCGAUUGGUUCGCCAGAAGCAAAAUCUUCGACGUCGAUUAGGUUUGGAUGUCUGCGAACAAUUUAUGGAUAUCAAUGAUGUAAUAAGAGAUGAAGAUCUUAUGGCACCGAAAUUUGAAUCACAGAUCAAUGGAAUAGAUCAUAGAGUUUUUACAUCUUGUUCUGUACAUAAUAUCCAGAAAAUGGUUGCAAAAAUGGUUCCUAGUGUUAAGUCUAAGUGGCCAAGUGCAAGAGAACUGAAUCUUUUGAAGCGCAAAGCAAAAAUAAACUCAAAAGACCAAACUAAAAGCUGGUGUGAAGAUGGAAGUACAGAGGCAUCAGGUGCUCAAAAUUUGACUUCAAAAGGCAUAUGUGCGGAUACAGUAAAUUAUGGCAAGGCAUUCGUGGAUGCUAAUCAUGAUGAUGACGGCUUGGAUCAUGAUGGGGAUGGACAAUGGCCUUUCAAUACUUUUGUUGAACAACUUAUUAUAGAUAUGUUUGAUCCUGUUUGGGAGAUACGGCAUGGUAGUGUGAUGGCAUUGAGAGAGAUUUUAACACAUCAAGGUGCUUCUGCUGGAGUAUUUAAACAUGAUUCACGGUUCGGUGGGACCUUGUUUGUUGAAUUAGAGGACAAAAGUAUACCAAAAAUAUUGAAGAGAGAGAGGGAAAUUGAUUUGAAUAUGCAAGUUUCAGCGGAUGAGUCUGUAUCAAACUUGAAGAAGCCAAAACUUGAAGAUUUAUCAUCAUCAACUUCUUUGGAUAGUGUGAUGACUAGCAGCAAUGAAGGUGAUAUUGAAAUCAGCAUUUGUUCUGAAACCCAUGGAAGCGAUAUACCUUUGGACAAUGUGAAUGGGAAAUUUAAUGGUAAUUCUGUUGCCAUGGAUCUGGAAUCUCCCUCUGACUCUUUACAUGAUGCAUACAACGAAUCUGCUAAUUUAGCAGAGCAGAAGGGUUAUUCUGAUGACAGUAAUAUUCCUUCUGGAAACCCUAAUGUGCUGAGAAAUCUUCCUCAGAAUUGUGAGCUGAUGAACCUGGUUAAAGUGGCUAGGAGUUCCUGGCUUCGAAAUUGUGAAUUUCUUCAAGAUUGCGUGAUACGCUUUUUGUGUGUUUUGUCACUUGAUCGCUUUGGAGAUUAUGUAUCUGAUCAGGUUGUUGCUCCUGUGCGUGAAACCUGUGCACAGGCAUUAGGUGCUACGUUUAAGUAUAUGCAUCCAGCACUAGUAAAUGAAACACUGAACAUAUUAUUGAAAAUGCAGUGUAGGCCAGAAUGGGAGAUUCGUCAUGGCAGUCUUCUUGGUAUCAAAUAUUUGGUUGCUGUGAGGCAGGAGAUGCUUUCUGAUUUGCUUGGACGUGUUCUUCCUGCAUGUAAAUCUGGGCUGGAGGACCCAGAUGAUGAUGUUCGAGCAGUUGCUGCUGAUGCUUUAGUCCCAGCUGCAGCUGCAGUUGUUGCUUUACAGGGUCAAACAUUGCAUUCAAUUGUGAUGCUGUUGUGGGAUAUAUUGCUUGAUUUGGAUGAUUUAAGUCCAUCCACCAGCAGUGUGAUGAAUCUUCUGGCAGAAAUUUAUUCUCAAGAAGAGAUGAUCCCUAAGAUGUAUAAAGUUUUUAAAUUGGGAGACAAUGAAAUAGAAAACGCAGAUGGUGGUUGUGGUGAUGAUGACGGAGAAGAAAAUCCUUAUGUGCUUUCAACUUUGGCACCGCGCUUGUGGCCUUUUAUGAGGCAUAGCAUCACAUCUGUCCGUUAUUCAGCAAUACGGACUCUGGAGAGGCUACUUGAAGCUGGAUAUAAGAGAAACAUGUCUGAGCCAUCUAGUGCUUCAUUUUGGCCCUCUUCUAUAUUUGGAGAUACCCUUCAAAUCGUCUUCCAGAAUCAGCUAUUGGAAACAAAUGAGGAUAUUUUGCAAUGUUCUGAGAGAGUUUGGAGUCUCCUUGUUCAGUGUUCUGUGGAGGACUUGGAGGCAGCUGCGAGGUCUUACAUGUCUUCUUGGAUUGAACUUGCAUCUACACCAUUUGGUUCAGCUUUAGAUUCCUCAAAGAUGUAUUGGCCUGUGGCCUUCCCAAGAAAAAGUCAACUUAGAGCAGCAGCUAAAAUGAGAGCUGUGAAAAUUGGAAAUGAAUAUGGUGGCGAUCCUGGCCUUGAUUCGACAAAAUUAACUAUUCUACAAGAUAAAAAUAGAGAUGUUGCUUUGAAUUCUGUUAAGAUAGUUGUUGGUGCUGAUAUGGACACUUCUGUAACUCAUACUCGGGUAGUUACAGCAACUGCUUUGGGAAUUUUUGCUUCCAAGUUACCUGAGGGUUCUCUAAAGUAUGUGAUUGAUCCACUGUGGAGCUCUCUAACCUCUUUGUCUGGUGUCCAACGGCAGGUUGCAUCCAUGAUACUUAUUUCUUGGUUCAAGGAGAUUAAGAACAUGAGUUUGUCUAAAAUCCCUGAUGGUAUUCCAGCUGCCCUCAGAGAUUGGUUGCUGGACUUAUUAGCUUGCUCUGAUCCAGCUUUCCCCACUAAAGGUUCACAUCUUCCUUAUGCUGAGCUUUCAAGAACUUAUUCAAAGAUGCGUGGUGAGGCUGGUCAAUUGCUUAAUGCUGUCAAGUCUUCUGGUAUGUUUAAUGAGUUAUUGGAAACUACCAAAAUUGAGUUGGAUAGCGUAAGUGUGGAUGAUGCUAUUGGUUUUGCAUCAAAGAUUCCAGCAUUUUGUAAUGAUAGUUCUACAAACGAAUCAUUGGGAAAGAACACAAUGGAUGAUAUUGAAUCCUCAAAACAGAGGCUCUUGACAACUGCUAGCUAUUUGAAAUGUGUACAGAGUAAUCUGCAUGUUACAGUCACAUCUGCUGUUGCUGCAGCUGUUGUUUGGAUGGCUCAAUUUCCUACACGACUCACCCCUAUCAUUUUGCCUUUGAUGGCUUCAGUCAAACGAGAGCAGGAGGAAAUAAUUCAAGUGAAGUCAGCUGAGGCCCUUGCUGAGCUAAUGUAUCACUGUGUUACUCGUAGACCUUGCCCCAAUGAUAAAUUAAUUAAAAAUAUAUGUAGUUUAACUUGCAUGGAUCCCUCUGAGACUCCUCAAGCUAAAUCCAUCUGUUCCAUUGAGAGUAUUGAUGACCAAGGUUUGCUAUCGUUUAAAACUCCCGUGAGCAAACAGAAGUCUAAGGUCCAUGUUCUAGCUGGUGAAGAUCGAUCGAAGGUCGAGGGAUUUAUAAGUAGACGUGGAUCUGAGCUAUCCUUGAGGCUUCUAUGUGAGAAGUUUGGUGCUUUGUUAUUUGAUAAGCUUCCUAAGCUGUGGGAUUGCCUUACUGAGGUUCUUAAGCCAAGCUCCUCUGAGUCCCUACUUGCCACUAAUGAAAAGCAAGUUACUGCUGCUAUUGAGUCUAUCUGUGAUCCUCAAACCUUGAUUAACAAUAUCCAGGUGGUGCGGUCUGUUGCUCCCAUGUUAAAUGAGGAGUUGAAACCAAAACUUUUGACACUUCUCCCAUGUAUUUUCAAAUGUGUUCAGCAUUCACAUGUUGCAGUUAGAUUAGCUGCUUCACGCUGCAUUACUUCAAUGGCCCACUCAAUGAAAGUGAAAGUUAUGGGAGCUGUGGUUGAAAAUGCUAUCCCUAUGUUGGAAGAUGCAUCAUCAGUUCAUGCUCGGCAAGGAGCUGGCAUGUUGAUUAAUUUUCUUGUUCAGGGUCUGGGUGUAGAGUUAGUCCCUUAUGCUCCUCUAUUGGUGGUUCCACUUCUAAGAUGCAUGAGUGAUUGUGAUCAGUCUGUCAGAAAGAGUGUGACCCAUAGUUUUGCUGCUCUUGUACCUUUACUUCCUUUAGCGCGAGGUCUUCCCCAACCAAUUGGAUUAGGGGAAGGUGUAUCUAGAAAUGCAGAAGACUUACAUUUUCUGGAGCAACUCCUUGACAACUCUCAUAUUGAAGAUUAUGAGUUGUGCACUGAAUUGAAAGUAACAUUGAGAAGAUAUCAACAGGAAGGCAUAAAUUGGUUAGCUUUUCUAAAGCGUUUCAAGCUUCAUGGAAUUUUAUGUGAUGAUAUGGGGCUUGGAAAAACACUUCAAGCAUCAGCCAUUGUAGCCUCUGAUAUAGCAGAGCAUCGAACUCCAAUUGGGAAUGAUGAUCUUCUGCCAUCUUUAAUUAUUUGCCCAUCAACACUAGUUGGGCACUGGGCCUUUGAGAUAGAGAAGUAUAUUGAUGUUUCAGUGAUAUCUAGUCUUCAGUAUGUUGGUUCUGCUCCUGACCGAAUGCUUCUCCGUGAUAAUUUUUGCAAGCAUAAUGUCAUUAUAACAUCAUAUGAUGUUGUCCGUAAAGAUAUUGAUUAUUUGGGACAGCUGUUCUGGAAUUACUGUAUUUUAGACGAAGGACAUAUAAUCAAGAAUGCUAAGUCUAAGGUUACACUUGCUGUAAAGCAGUUGAAAGCCCAGCACCGUUUAAUAUUGAGUGGGACACCAAUCCAGAAUAACAUAAUGGACUUGUGGUCUCUUUUUGAUUUUCUGAUGCCUGGAUUUCUUGGAACAGAGAGACAGUUCCAAGGAACAUACGGAAAACCACUUUUAGCUUCUAGAGAUCCAAAGUGCUCUGCUAAGGAUGCUGAAGCAGGAGCACUUGCUAUGGAGGCAUUGCAUAAGCAGGUCAUGCCUUUCCUCCUUCGAAGGACUAAGGAUGAAGUCUUGUCUGAUUUGCCGGAGAAGAUAAUUCAAGACAGAUACUGUGAUUUGAGCCCUGUACAACUUAAACUUUAUGAACAGUUUUCUGGUUCUCGUGCAAAGCAAGAAAUGUCAUCUGUUGUAACGACAAAUGAACCUGCUGCAGCAGAAGGAAGUAGCCGUAAUACUAAAGCGGCUUCACAUGUUUUCCAGGCACUCCAAUACUUGCUAAAACUCUGCAGUCAUCCAUUGCUUGUCUCUGGUGGGAAGAUUCCAGAUUCAUUCUCUGCCAUAUUCUCGGAACUGUUUCCUGCUGGCUCUGAUGUCAUUUCGGAACUUCACAAACUCCAUCACUCCCCAAAAUUAGUCGCUCUUCAUGAGAUUCUUGAAGAGUGUGGAAUUGGAGUUGAUGCUUCAGGUUCUGAGGGUACAGUCAGCAUUGGGCAGCACAGGGUCUUGAUAUUUGCUCAACAUAAGGCUUUCCUUGAUAUAAUUGAAAGAGAUUUGUUUCAGACACACAUGAAGAAUGUCACAUAUUUGAGGCUGGAUGGAUCAGUUGAGCCAGAAAAGCGUUUUGAAAUCGUCAAAGCUUUCAAUUCAGACCCUACCAUUGACGUCUUGCUGCUUACAACACAUGUUGGGGGGCUUGGUCUGAACUUGACAUCUGCAGACACCCUUGUUUUUGUGGAGCAUGACUGGAAUCCUAUGCGUGAUCAUCAGGCUAUGGAUAGAGCACACAGGCUUGGCCAGAAAAAAGUAGUUAAUGUCCACCGUCUAAUAAUGCGUGGUACUUUGGAAGAGAAAGUUAUGAGCCUACAAAGGUUCAAAUUGUCGGUGGCCAAUGCUGUCAUUAAUUCAGAAAAUGCCAGUAUGAAAACAAUGAAUACAGAUCAGUUGCUUGAUUUAUUUGCAUCUGCAGAAAUCUCCAAGAAGGGGGCUUCUGUCGUGAAAAGUUCAGAGGACAACUCUGACGGAGACACUAAAUUAGUAGGCAGUGGGAAGGGGUUGAAAGCAAUACUUGGGGGAUUGGAGGAUCUAUGGGACCAAUCACAAUAUACAGAGGAGUACAAUCUGAAUCAAUUCUUGGCAAAGCUUAAUGGCUAAUAUUCUAGAUUCAUUUCAGAGUCGGAGUGUACAUAUCCAAGAGCAAGACUCCAAAUUUUGACAUUGUAACAUCAAAUUUUUUUGUCCUCCAUGCCCUUCACUCGUUUUUUGUCGUCACUUUUUGAAUACCCCAUUGCUGGCAUCUGCUCGUGUUUGCUUGUAAGCAAGUAAAUCAGUGUCUGCAUUUUACAGGGCAUUGAGGAGAGUGAGGUUUGACCGAUUGGGGGUGAUAUGUAAAGAAUUGUAGUGACGGCUUCGAGAGGGGAUGGAGUAAUUUUUAUAAUUUUUUUUUUUGGAUUUUGUAUAUAUAUAGAAUCAUUCAUAAUCAUAGUUUUAGUUGCUAACAUGAAAUACCAUGCAUCAUGCAAUGUUUUUUGAAA